AUGGUGCCCCCAGUUCAGGUCUCUCUGUUCAUCAAUACUCACGAUCAGUUCAGCCGAUACUCAGCCCUGUUUCUCGGCAUGGCCUACAGCGCCAAGCGCUAUAGUUACCUAAAACCCCCAGCAGAGGAGGAGAGGAGGGUGGCGGCAGAGGAGAAGAAGAGACUAGAUGAGCUGAAACGGAUUGAAAGAGAACGGGCAGAAGCUCAAGAUGACAACAUACUGAAGUGA